ACACCUCACACUUACACUCCUUAUCAGCCGAAAUACAGCAUCCUUCUCAUACUUCAGCUGAACAAGAAAAAACCAAGCAAUGGCUUCCAUGGGUCUUCAAGUCCUGGGCAUUACCCUUUCCCUCAUAGGCUGGCUGGGCUCUAUCGUCUGCUGCGCUCUCCCAAUGUGGAGAGUAACUGCUUUCAUCGGUAACAACAUUGUGGUGGCCCAAAUCAUGUGGGAAGGACUAUGGAUGAACUGUGUCGUGCAAAGCACUGGACAGAUGCAGUGCAAGAUCUACGACUCCUUGCUUGCCCUGCCCCAGGAUCUCCAGGCAGCCAGAGCCCUGAUUGUCAUCGCCAUCGUUGUGGGAAUUCUGGGAGUUAUGAUGUCCAUUAUUGGAGGCAAGUGCACCAACUGCGUUGAAGAUGAGUCCUCAAAAGCCAAGAUUAUGAUCGUCAGUGGAAUUGUCUUCAUCGUUGCUGGAAUCCUUACUUUGAUCCCUGUCUCCUGGUCUGCAAACAACAUAAUCAGGGACUUCUACAACCCACUGGUGGUGGAAGCACAGAAGAGAGAGCUGGGAGCAUCACUGUACGUUGGAUGGGGUGCAGCUGCCUUGUUUCUUCUAGGUGGUGCCAUGCUGUGCUGCAACUGCCCACCAAGGGAUCAGAAACCCUACUCUGCCAAAUAUUCGGCUGCACGAUCCGGACCAGCCAGCAACUACGUUUAAUGAGUUAAUAUUGGCCACUAAGGACUAAAGGACAUUUAUCCAUCCAUUUUUUCUUUCCCUCAUAUAUGGACAAGACUGUAUCAUGGGUCACCCCCAGAGAGUCCAGCCCUGAUUUUUGUCGUUUCUUCACUCAAGGUUACAAGCUUGUCAAAGAAACACUUUUUUGUCCUGUCCAGCAGAGGGCGCUGUAACUCACCAAGCAGAUACCGAAAGAUGUGAACAGUGAACUAUAUCUCGGGUGGAAGCGUCCAGUUGGGCUUUUAGGUGGGAAAGUGUUAAGCGAUAUAUACAAAUAUUGGGCUAUAUAGGUGCAUGCAGGCAGUGUGCCAUCCUUACUCUGUGGGGGGGUCAUGUGCAACAUGUGAAGAAUCCAAGAAUGAUGCAAAAUCUGUGUGUGAUAUCAUUAGAAGGUACUGAGGGAGCAGAAAAUGUUCAGGUGAAAAACAUUGAAUCAAAAAAGA